AUGUUAAAGACACUUGAUUUAGUGUUAAAAGAUGAAAUUAAAAAAAAAUCAUUCCCAGUCUCUUACCUCAUAAAUAAAUGUGGGUUCUCUCUAGGAUCUGCUCUAUCAGCUUCUAAACGUCUCACUUUUGAAAUCCCAGAUCAACCUGACGCAGUGAUUCACAUGUUCAAGCGCUAUGGUUUUUGUGAUGCCGAUAUCUUUAGACUAAUUAAAAGAUAUCCACGAGUCCUUUCGUGCAAUCCUGACAAAACCCUCUUGCCAAGACUCGAGUUUUUUUAUUCUAAAGGCAUGUCAAACACUGAUAUUGCCCACAUUUUAUGCGGAUGCCCUCUUCUUUUAGGCAGAAGCUUGCAAAAUCAUGUAACUCCUAAUUUCAAUUUACUUAGUGAUCUGCUUCUAUCCGACAACAAAGUCAUUUCUGCUGCCAGAAACGACCCGUUUAUUCUAUUUCGUCACGGUGACAGAUAUUUGAAACCUUUUAUCAACCUUUUGCAAGAUCAUGGAGUUCCCAGAACACAGAUUGCGUCCUUAAUUUGCAACUGGCCUAGGUCUAUCGGUGUAUGCCUAAAUCAUUUCAGAAAGUGCGUCGAGGAAGUUAGAGAAAAGGGUUAUGAUCCUUCUAGUGCAGAGUUUAUUAGAGCAGUGGUGGUAUUGAGUCAAUUGGGAAAAUCUGGGUGGGAAAGAAAGGCUGUUGUUUAUAAGAGUUGGGGUUGGUCUGAGAAAGACAUUCUUGUUGCUUUCAGAAAGAACCCGUGGAGCUUGAUGACAUCGGAGAGUAAGAUUAUGGCAGUGAUGAAAUUUUUCGUUGAGAAAAUGGAUUGUGAGUCUUUAUAUCUUGCAAAACACCCAAAUCUUUUGAUGUAUAGCUUGGAGAAGAGACUCAUACCAAGGGCUUUGGUUCUUCAUUUUCUGUUAAGGAAUAAGUUGAUUGACAAGAAGCCUAACUUGAAUACUUUGUUUGUGUAUUCUGAGAAGUUGUUCCUUGAGAAGUUCGUGAAUUGUUUUGAUGAAGCCCCCCAGCUAUUAAAGCUAUAUAGAGAUCAAUCAGAUCUUGCAAAAUGACAUGGAAAUGGAAUCGUUUUGUGAAAUUUCCCCCAGAUUUCCUUGGAUACUGUAAUGCAACUCCAAGGGUAAGUCAAACUAAUUUUUUUUGGCUCUGCAAGUCUUCAUUUUCUCCAUUGAAUAUCGAGAUCUACGCAAUGUUGUAUCUCCUUGUUCUAUUUUGCAACCCUGCUACUACAUUAAUUUUGGUGUCUGCUGUAAGUAUCUUUGUUCACCAGCACGAAGGAAAAAAAUGAUGGUUUCCAUUCUUUGGUGUCUUCUUGAGAAGAUUUGUGGAUCCAUUAAUGGUGUAGCUAUCUUCCUUUUCUAUUUCAUUUAUCAAAGUCAUGCUAGAGUAGUGAAAUUGAUGUUUUUGAAUGAUGUUCCAGUAUGUGGGAUUUUGAUGUUGUAAUCAUGACAUGAUUGGAAGUCCAUAUGCUAGAAUGUAGAUAGAUUAAGGAUUUUGAAUUCAUGGUUCCACAUCUAAACUCAAUCUCAUCAUUCUCAUUAGCAUUUGCAUCAGCCUAGGAAGCAUGGCAGUAAUUUCCUCAGGAUGUCAGAUGUUUAAGGUACAGAAAACUAGAGCCCUGGCUCUCUCUGUUCGCAUGCAUGCAGGCUGAUGCUCCUGCUCAUUUUUGUGUAUCCGUUUUAUUUUGAAGUUCAACUUAUUGCAUCAGUCUCCACCACUUUUUCGGAAUAUACUUGGCGCCAUUGAUUGUUCUAUUCUUAUUUUCAUGGAACCCUCCACCCUCAGCUUUCUUACCGACCUCAUUAACAAUGCUUAUAAAAAAUCCCCGGUUUAUUUCUUUCUAUUGUUCUUUUCCUUUUUCUCCUGAUGAUUGUUGCAUGUUGAGCUCUUUGUGGCACAGCUUCUCUGCUCAAGGUUGAAGAUUAAAUAUCAUUUGAUGUGGUGUCAUAUAAGAUUUUAAAUCUUAAUCUGAUAUUUCUCUGCUCUUAUUGAUGGUAGCAAAGCUACUCUAAGAUUUGUUGCUGUAUUUGGAGUCUUAAGACCCGUCCGUCAGCCCAUUUGAGUUUCGGUUGGUGGAGAACUGGGGAGGGGCACAUGAUAUUAAUGGACAAUACUGUAGGGAAGCUUACAAGGAUUUGAAUUCAUAACCUUGAUCUGUACAUUAGGAAUUUCUGUAUCACCUUCUUGUAGUACAACUCCGAAGAAAGAAACGAUUUCUGAUCCUCUGAACCAUCGAUGAAGAAUCUUGAAGCUGUGUUCAUUAUUUGGAUCUUAAAAAUCAUUACCAGUAUUGUGGUGGUAUUAGUGAUGAAAUUUCAGAUGUAUCUGAAUUGAAUA